ACGGAAAAUAUAAAAAUAAAUGUAAAAUACUGUCUAUAAUAUCGUAUGAAUGAUAGUAGAACAGCAGUGUUGUUGUUGUUGCUGCUGCUGCUGCUCUGAGUGAGUGAGUGUGCAGAAAUAGACCCCCAGUAUUUCUGGCUGGAGGGGGGAGUUCCUGCUGUCACAUGCUCGUCUCGAGCGGAAGGGUACAGCUGACCCCCUCACACUCCCUUCACCCGCAAACUCACGCAUUUCCCUGCUUCAUACCGCACCGAGCUCCUGUGAGAGUGUGUUUACAGCAUCUGCGCCGCAGGACAGGAGGCUCCCCAGAACACCGGCUCGUAUCAGUGCGCGCGGCUCUACUUUCUCACGCGGAGGAGUCCUGCAGAGCUCCGAGAAGAAGUCCGAGACACAGAGAUUCACGAGCAUUCACGGAAUAACCGCGUCUAACGGGACACACAACUCAGAGGAACGGAACACACACACAACUCUUCAUCUGCGCCCCCCUCCUCCUCCUCAUCUUCCUCCUCUCCUCUCCGCGAGAAUGGCGCAGAUUUUACCGAUCCGCUUCCAGGAGCAUCUGCAGCUGCAGACGCUGGGAGUGAGUCCGGCCAGCAUCAGCUUCAGCUGCCUGACCAUGGAGUCGGACCGCUUCAUCUGCAUCCGCGAGAAGGUGGGCGAGCAGAACCAGGUGGUGAUCGUGGACCUGAGCGACCCGAGCAACCCGAUCCGCCGGCCGAUCACGGCAGACAGCGCCAUCAUGAACCCGGCCAGCAAAGUCAUCGCUCUGAAAGCGGCGCGGACGCUGCAGAUCUUUAACAUGGAGAUGAAGAGUAAAGUCAAGGCUCACACCAUGACGGACGAAGUGCUGUUCUGGAGGUGGAUCUCCGUUAACACCGUUGCCCUGGUUACGGACACGGCCGUCUAUCAUUGGAGCAUGGAGGGAGACUCUCAGCCAAUCAAGAUGUUCGAUCGUCACGCCAGCCUCGCGGGAUGCCAGAUCAUCAACUACAGAACGGACGAGCAGCAGAAGUGGCUCCUGGUCAUCGGGAUAUCAGCGCAGCAGAAUCGUGUGGUCGGCGCCAUGCAGUUGUUCUCUGUGGACCGUAAGGUUUCUCAGCCCAUCGAGGGUCACGCGGCUGCGUUUGGACAUUAUAAACUGGAGGGAAACACAAACGCUUCGACGCUCUUCUGCUUCUCCGUCAGAGGGCAGGCGGGAGGAAAGCUGCACAUCAUCGAGGUCGGUCAGCCUCAGGCCGGUAACCAGCCGUUCACUAAGAAAGCAGUGGAUGUGUUUUUCCCUCCUGAAGCACAGACGGACUUUCCUGUGGCCAUGCAGAUCGGCACUAAGCACGGCGUCAUCUACCUCAUCACUAAAUACGGUUAUUUUCACAUGUAUGAUCUGGAGUCGGGCGUGUGUAUUUACAUGAACCGCAUCAGCGCUGAAACCAUAUUCGUCACGGCCGCUCACGAGAGCACAUCUGGGAUCAUCGGGGUCAAUAAGAAGGGGCAGGUGCUGUCGGUGUGUGUGGAGGAGGAGAAUGUAGUAAAUUACGUGACUAACGUGCUGCAGAAUCCCGAGCUGGCGUUGCGUUUGGCGUUACGCAGUGAUCUUCCCGGAGCCGAGGAGCUCUUGACUCACAAGUUCAACACGCUCUUCUCUCAGGGCAACUACACUGAGGCGGCCAAAGUCGCUGCGUCGGCUCCCAAGGGUGUGUUGCGAACGGCAGAGACCGUCCGGCGAUUCCAGGCCGUCCCGGCGCAGGGUGGCCAGCCGUCUCCGCUGCUGCAGUACUUCGGGGUUCUUCUGGACCGCGGGCAGCUCAAUAAGCUGGAGUCGGUGGAGCUCUGCAGGCCGGUGCUGCAGCAGGGACGAACACAGCUGCUGGAGAAGUGGCUCAAGGGAGAGAAGCUGGAGUGCUCGGAGGAGUUGGGUGAUCUGGUGAAGGCGGCUGACGUCACUCUGGCCCUCAGCGUUUACCUGCGAGCGAAUGUUCCUGCUAAAGUCAUCCAGUGCUUCGCUGAGACGGGUCAGUUCCAGAAGAUAGUGCUCUAUGCUAAGAAGAUGGGAUAUUCUCCAGACUGGGUGAUGCUGUUGAGGAGUGUGAUGAGAUCCGGUCCUGAUCAGGGCCUUCAGUUCGCUCAGAUGCUGGUUCAGGAUGAAGAACCGCUCGUCAACAUCAACCAGGUGGUGGAUGUCUUUAUGGAGGGGAAUCUAGUGCAGCAGUGUACUUCAUUCCUAUUGGACGCUCUGAAGAACAACAGGCCGGAGGAGGGGCCUCUGCAGACACGCCUCCUGGAGAUGAACCUCAUUCACGCCCCUCAGGUAGCAGACGCGAUCCUGGGGAAUCAGAUGUUCACUCACUACGAGCGCGCUCACAUCGCUCAGCUGUGUGAGAAAGCCGGUCUUCUGCAGAGAGCUCUGGAGCAUUACAGCGACCCCUAUGACAUCAAACGGACCAUCGUACACACACACCUGCUCAACCCUGAGUGGCUGGUGAAUUUCUUUGGCUCUCUGUCUGUCGGCGACUCCGUCGAGUGUUUGAGGGCCAUGUUGGCUGCAAACCUGCGUCAGAACCUGCAGCUGAGCGUUCAGAUCGCGACCAAGUACCACGAGCAGCUGGGAACGCAGACGCUGGUGGAGCUUUUUGAGUCGUUCAAGAGCUACGAGGGUCUGUUUUAUUUUCUGGGCUCUAUCGUGAACUUCAGUCAGGACCCCGAUGUGCACUUCAAGUACAUUCAGGCGGCGUGUAAGACAGGUCAGAUCAAAGAGGUGGAGCGCAUCUGUAGAGAGAGCAACUGCUACAACGCCGAGCGCGUCAAGAACUUCCUCAAGGAAGCCAAACUCACCGAUCAGCUUCCUCUCAUCAUCGUGUGCGACCGCUUCGAUUUCGUCCACGAUCUCGUGCUCUACUUGUACCGUAACAGCCUGCAGAAGUACAUCGAGAUCUACGUACAGAAGGUCAAUCCCAGCAGGCUGCCGGUGGUGGUCGGAGGUCUGCUGGAUGUCGACUGCUCCGAGGACACCAUGAAGAGUCUGAUCCUGGCCGUACGAGGAGAUUUCAGCACAGACCAGCUGGUGGAGGAAGUGGAGAAAAGAAACCGACUGAAGCUGCUCUUGUCCUGGCUGGAAUCUCGUGUUCAGGAGGGCUGUGAAGAACCCGCUACCCACAAUGCACUGGCAAAGAUCUACAUAGACAGUAACAACAAUCCUGAGCGCUUCCUCCGAGAAAACCUGCACUAUGACAGCGCGACCGUGGGCCAGUACUGCGAGAAGAGAGACCCGCACCUCGCCUUUGUGGCCUAUGAGAGAGGACAGUGUGACCUGGAGCUUAUACAGGUGUGCAAUGAGAACUCCCUGUUUAAAAGCGAGUCGCGGUAUCUGGUGCGGCGGAAAGAUCCAGAUCUUUGGGCUCAAGUUCUGCAGGAUACGAACCCGUACAAACGGCCGCUGAUAGAUCAGGUGGUUCAGACGGCUCUGCCGGAGACGCAGGAUCCAGAGGAAGUGUCUGUGACGGUGAAGGCGUUUAUGACGGCCGAUCUGCCCAAUGAACUCAUUGAACUUCUGGAGAAGAUUGUUCUGGAGAACUCCAUAUUCAGUGAACACAGGAACCUGCAGAACCUGCUGAUCCUGACGGCCAUCAAAGCAGACCGGACACGGGUCAUGGAGUACAUCAACCGGCUGGACAAUUAUGACGCUCCUGACAUCGCCAACAUCGCCAUCAGCAACGAGUUGUAUGAAGAGGCCUUCUCCAUCUUCAAGAAGUUCGACGUCAACACCUCAGCAAUACAGGUUCUGAUCGAGCACAUGGGGAAUCUGGACCGGGCGUAUGAGUUUGCGGAGCGCUGUGCCGAGGGCUCGGUCUGGAGUCGGCUGGCUCAGGCUCAGCUUCAGUCUGGUCUGAUCAAAGAGGCCAUCGACUCCUACAUCAAAGCCGGAGAGCCGUCGGCGUACAUGGAGGUGGUCGAUGCUGCCAGUAGAAACGGGAACUGGGAGGAUCUGGUGAAGUUUCUUCAAAUGGCGAGGAAGAAAGCCAGAGAGUCGUACGUGGAAACGGAGCUUAUCUUUGCUCUCGCUAAAACAAACCGUCUGACUGAGCUGGAGGACUUUAUCAAUGGCCCCAACAACGCUCACAUACAGCAAGUUGGCGAGAGAUGUUAUGAAGAGGGUAUGUUUGAAGCCGCCCGGCUGCUGUUUAAUAAUGUGUCUAAUUUCGCUCGUCUGGCGUCCACACUUGUUCACCUCGGCGAGUUUCAGGCGGCCGUUGACAGCGCACGAAAGGCCAGCUGCACACGCACAUGGAAAGAGGUGUGUUUUGCGUGUGUGGACGGAGAGGAGUUCAAGUUAGCGCAGAUCUCCGGCCUUCACAUCGUCACUCAUGCUGAUGAACUGGAGGAGCUCAUUAACUACUAUCAGGACCGCGGGUAUUUCGAGGAGCUGAUCGUGCUGCUGGAGGCGGCGUUGGGGCUGGAGCGCGCUCACAUGGGCAUGUUCACCGAGCUGGCCAUCCUCUACUCCAAAUACAAACCCCAGAGGAUGAGGGAACAUCUGGAGCUCUUCUGGUCCCGAGUCAACAUCCCUAAGGUGUUACGAGCGGCAGAGCAGGCCCAUCUGUGGGCGGAGCUUGUGUUCCUGUAUGAUAAAUAUGAAGAGUAUGACAACGCCAUCCUGACGAUGAUAACACACCCCACCGACGCCUGGAGAGACGCUUGCUUCAAAGAGCUCAUCUGCAAGGUGGCGAAUGUGGAGCUGUAUUAUAAAUCCCUGCAGUUUUAUUUGGACUAUAAGCCGCUGCUGCUCAACGAUCUGCUGUCUGUUCUUGCUCCUCGACUGGAUCACAGCAGAGCCGUCAGCUUCUUCAGCAGGGUGAAUCAGUUGCGUCUGGUUAAACCGUAUCUCAGAUCAGUGCAGAUCCACAAUAACAGAGACGUGAAUGAAGCGCUCAACAACCUGCUGACGGAGGAAGAGGACUAUCAGGGUCUGCGUGCCUCCAUCGACGCGUACGAUAACUUCGACUCGAUCGGUUUGGCUCAGAGGCUGGAGACACACGAGCUCAUCGAGUUCAGACGCAUCUCUGCGUAUCUCUACAAGAUCAACCAGCGCUGGGCUCAGAGCAUCCAGCUCUGCAAGAAAGACAAACUCUAUAAGGACGCGAUGCAGUUCGCGGCCGAGUCUCAGGACGGCGCUUCGGCUCAGGAUCUCCUGCGCUGGUUUGUUGAGGAGGGGAAGCGCGAGUGUUUCGCCGCGUGUCUCUUCAGCUCCUAUGAUCUUCUGGCUCCUGACAUGGUUUUUGAGCUGGCCUGGAGACACGGCCUGGUGGACUUCGCCAUGCCGUACUUCAUUCAGGUGAUGCGGGAGUACCUGAGCAAGGUGGAUGAUUUAUCCCGGCAGCUAAAGGUGGAUAAACUGGAGGAGGUUGAGGACAAGAGAGCGGCUGAAGACCAGACUCCUGAAGCCUCCUCCGUCGUCUACGGUCAACAGCUGAUGCUGAGCAGCGGUCAGACACCCGUCACUCCUCAGACGGGUUUCCCAGCUUACAGUUUCGCUCCUCCGGUGUACGGCUUCAACCUUCAGCCUUGAAUUUUGCCGCUAGGAAUUCUGGGAAAUGUGUGCCUGUGCUGCAUUCAGGAAGCAUGACAAAGCAUCUCUGCAAUCAAAUAAACACCCAGCGCUCCUAGCAUACGUGUGUUGUGUGCACCGCACAACAAGCUGCUCGUUAACUUAUGUUUCAUUUGAAUUGAUCAGAUGGCACUGAUGACGAGAGGAAGGACACUAGACCCAAACAACACUGCACUCUUAAAAAUAAAAGUGCUUCACGGUGGCAUAGAAGAACCUUUUUUGUCUAAAUGGUUGCAUAAAGAACCUUUAACAUCUGAAGGUAAAUAUAAAAAGGGAAGAAAGAGAUGGUUCGGUAACACUUUAUUUUAAGGUGUCAUAAUACAGAGUAAUUACUUAAUUAAGUACUUAGUAGUAGCCGUUGUACUUACAUGAAACAAAAUGUACUUACCAUGUAACUAAGCUAUGGAACAGCCUGUAAUUACAGUUUGAUGUAAUAGACAGCUACUGUUACACAUAUGUGACCCUGGAGCACAAAAGCAGUCAUAAGUCGCUGGGGUAUAUUAGUAGCAAUAGCCAAAAAUACACUGUAUGGGUCAAAAUGAUUGAUUUUUCUUUUAUGCCAAAAAUCAUUAGGAUAUUAAGUAAAGAUCAUGUUCCAUCAAGAUAUUUUGUAAAUUUCUUAGCGUAAAUAUAUAAAAAUUAAUUUUUUGAUUAGUAAUAUGCAUUGCUAAGAAUUCAUUUGGACAACUUUAAAGGCAAUUUUCUCAAUAUUUAGAUUUUUUUGCACCCUCAGAUUCCAGAUUUUCAAAUAGUUGAAUCUCAGCUAAAUAUUGUCCAACAAACCAUACAUCAAUGGAAAGAUUAUUUAUUCAGCUUUCAGAUGAUGCAUAAAUCUCAAUUUCGAAAAAUUGACACUUAAGAAUGGUUUUGUGGUCCUAUACACAGCUACUUGUAAACUUAAGUACAACCUUGAUACACUUUAUUUUAAGUAGCUUAUGCCUGUGUAAUAUUCUGUAAUUUUAAUGUAAUUAGAAAGGUAUUACAUGUAUUUAAGCUGUGCACUGGUGGGUUAAAUCAAACUAAGGUGCAGCUGGAUAAGGUGUACAGUAUAGAUACACAUGAAGUACAGUCUUGAUACACUUUAUUUUAAGUAGCUUAUGUCUGUGUACUUACAUUUAUAAUUAUGUUGUAAAAAGUCUGCAACACAUAUGCAGAAAUCUUUUGGUUACAGAAGUAGCUGUGUAACAGACCUGUGUGUAACAGUAGCUGCCUAUUACAUCUACAUAAUUACAAACUGUAAGUACAGGCUGUUCCAUAACUUAGUUACAUGGUAAGUACAACAGCUACUACUAAUAAUUAAGUAAUUAUGGACACCUUAACAUUUCACUGAACGGUUCUUUGUGGAACCAAAAAUGGUUCUUCUAUGGCAUUAUAUGCUUUUAAGCACCGUUAUUUUUAAGUGUACUGUAGUUAGGGUGAAUGGUACGAUAUUUGUAGCGACAAACUCAUUUCUUGGUUCUUUUGUCCAUUCUUAUUUGUUUUUAAUCAUUUGAUUCUGCAAGUAUUAGCUUUGUUUACAUUUCAGGUGGUACUAAAUUUCAGUUUUACAAUGUGAAGAUCAACCUGUUUAUUUAACGCUAGGUCGAUGUAGCUGUUACUUGCGCAUGAUUAUUGAGGCUUUUUCUGGUGCCGUUCAUCAUCUGUAUUACUGCAAGCCAUAUGCACUGUCUAUAGUCUAAUGUUGUAGUGAAAAGAGACAUUAUUUUUUAGGAAAACAAUAUGCAAAAAAUACAAAAAGUUAUGUUUGGGUUGCUCGGUGUGUAGCGACUCCUUAGACUGAAGAGUCAAGUACACAGACAGAGAAUAAAGUUUACCUGUGCUGUUCA